ACGAGGAAGCUCCCCAGAGCGCCUGUUGCCUCCUGCCAGCCCCCAUUAUCUGGGUCUUCGGGGGGGCGGGGCGAUGGAGAGAUCAGGCUUGUGUGACGAGAGAGAGAGAGGGAGAGGAGUCCGCAGGGCAGGCUGGACGAUUGGAGCAGGAAGGGGGCGGCUUGCAAUGGCAUGGCAACGGUGUCCUUUGGAAACCCCUCUCGGAUGAGAACCUGCAUCUGAAUCCUGUAACUUGUGAAUGCCGGUGUUGGGGGGGGCGCGGGAAGUGAGGAUAAGCGGGUAGAUGCUUGCCGUCCUCUGGUUCUUCAAGCCGUGGGGGUGGCUCCUCCCGCUGCGCGCAUCAGCCAUGCCCUUCCACUGAGCUCCGAAUCUCCGUGCAUCAGGCAGCCCUCAGAAGGUCACUCACAAGGGAAUCUGCCCCUUGGACUGAAAAUCGCCUCCCACCCCUGUAGAAUCUUAAUAGCGAUCUGUGUGUGGAUCUUUACGUAGCCAAUGCAGAGGCUGAUCAACUUUGAAGACGCGGCUGUUUAUCUCACUGAAGGAGAAAUGGCCCUCUUACCUGGAGCUGGAUGAAUGAGCCUUCUACAGUGAAGUCAUGCUGGAGAAUGACGAGAACGUGGCCUCGUUGGCAUCACCAGCCCCCACGCCCAGCCUCGUCCUCCAGGUACGGCAAGAGGAAGAGCCUCGUCUGCCCGAUCCUCAGAGCUCAGGUGGAACAGAGGUCACUGAGUCGGACACCAGCUCAGCAGGUAACUUCAGGAGAAAACAUUUCUGCCCAGAGUGCAGCUGCUGUUUUGCCUUCAAAUUGGCUCUUGCCAGACAUCAAAGAAUCCACAAAGGAGAGAAGCCCCAGGAAAGCUCCCAAAGUGAGGAAUGUUUUGGUCAAAGUUCAGAGGUAGUGAGCCAUCAGGAAAUCCACAAGGGACAAAGACGCUAUAAGUGUUUGGAGUGUGGGAAAUCAUUUGCUUAUCGAUCUGUCCUCCUGAUCCACAGGAACGUACAUGCAGGAGAUAAACCUUAUCACUGCUUGGAGUGUGGGAAAAGUUUUCCCCGACUCUCUGAUUUUGUGAAACAUCUAAGAGUCCACACAACAGCAAAAGCCUACAAAUGUAAGUGUGGAAAAUGUUUUGUUGCAAGAUCAUCUCUUAUAAUCCAUGAGAGAAUCCAUUCAGGAGAGAAACCCUACAAAUGUUUGGAGUGUGGGAAAGGUUUUCCUCAGAAUUCACAGCUUUAUGUACACCAGAAAAUCCACACUGGAGAGAAGCCUUACAAAUGCACUGACUGUAGCUUAUGCUUUUCCCGAAGGCCACAACUUGUUCGUCAUCAGCGAACCCAUACUGGGGAAAAACCCUAUAAAUGCUUGGGGUGUGGCAGAUCAUUUGCUCUACAGUCAGUCCUUAGCAUUCAUAAGAGAGUUCACACAGGAGAGAAACCGUAUAAAUGUGGCAAGUGUGGGAAAUGUUUUGCCCAAAAUGCACAGCUUUGGAGCCAUCGGAGGGUUCACACAGGAGAGAAACCUCAUAAAUGCUUGGAGUGUGGGAAAUGUUUCAGUGUGCGUUCCGGACUUGUGAACCACCAGAGAGCCCACACAGGAGAAAGGCCCCAUAAGUGUUUGGAAUGUGGGAAAUGUUUUUCCAUGAGAUCACAUCUUGUGCAACACCAGAGAAUCCAAACAGGAGAGAAACCAUAUAAAUGCAUAGAGUGUGGAAAAUGUUUUUCUCAAAAAUCUGGCCUUGUGAGCCAUCAGAGUAUUCACAAUGGACAGAGACCCCAUAAGUGUGUGGAGUGUGGGAAAGGUUGUAUGUCGUCAUCAGAACUUGUAAUCCAUCAGAGAAUCCAUACAGGAGAGAAACCCUACAAAUGCAUGGAGUGUGGAUAUUGCUUUUCCCAGAGACAACACCUCCAGAGACACCAGCGAGUCCACACAGGAGAGAAACCCUACAAAUGUCUGGAGUGUGAAAAAUGCUUUGCUGACAAGUCACAGCUUCGUAUACACCAGAGAGUACACACAGGAGCGAGGCCUUAUGAAUGUGACGAGUGUGGGAAAGGUUGUGUUACCUCAUCACAUCUUCUUUGUCAUAAAAGAGUCCACACAGGAGAGAAACCAUAUAAAUGUUUGGACUGUGGAAUGUCAUUUUCACAUCAUUCAACCCUUAGAGGGCACCAGAGAAUCCAUACAGGAGAGAAACCCCAUAAAUGCUUGGAGUGUGGGAAAUGCUUUUCUAGGAAAGACAGUCUUUCCAGACAUCAGACAAUCCACACAGGAGAUAAACCUUACAAAUGCAUGGAAUGUGGAAAAUGUUUUUAUUGGAAACACAGUCUUUUGAAUCACCAGAGAAUUCACACAGGAGAGAGAUGCUAUAAAUAUAAAUGCACAGUGUGUGAGAAACCUUUUGCUAAUACGUCAAAGCUUAUAAUCCAUCAGAGAAUUCAUACUGGAGAGAAACCCUUCAGAUGCAUAAAGUGUGAGAAAUGUUUUGCUAGAAAAUCACGACUUGUAGCCCAUCAGAAAAUUCAUGCAGGAGACAAGCCCCACAAAUGUGUGGAAUGUGAGAAAUGUUUUUCUCACAAACAAAACCUCAACAAACAUCAGAGAGUUCACACAGGAGUGAAACCAUACAAAUGCCUGGAGUGUGGGAAAUGUUUUACUGACAAGUCACAGCUUUGUAUACACCAAAGAGUUCACACAGGAGAGAAGCCCUACAAAUGUGUCGAGUGUGGGAAGUGUUUUUCACAGGCUGGAAACCUUCAGAUACACCAGAGAGUCCACAUAGAGGAGAAGUCAUAUAAAUGUUGGGAGUGUGGGGAAUGUUUUAGUCACCAAGCAGCCCUUGUGACACACCAGAUUGUCCAUACAGGAACGGGGACGUACGAGUGUGUGAAGUGUGGUAAAUGUUUUGUAGAGAAAUCAAACCUCGAUAAACAUCAAAAAGUCCACACAGGAGAGAAACUAUAUAAAUGCUUGGACUGUGGGGAAUCAUUUGCUCAUCAGUCAGACCUUCUGAGCCACCAAAGUAUCCACAAAAAAGAGAGACCCCAUGAAUGUUUGGAGUGUGGCAAAUCUUUUACCCAGAAAGACACCCUUGUACAGCACCAGAGAGUCCACACAGGAGAGAAGCCUUACACAUGUUCAGAGUGUGGGAAAUUGUUUGGUCGUCAGUCAGACCUUCAGAGCCACCAAAGUGUUCAUAAAAAAGACAGACGCCAUCAGUGUAUGAAGUGUGGCAAAUCUUUUUCCCGAAGAUAUACUCUUGGGCUGCAUCAGAAAGUCCACAUGGGAGAGAAAUCUUAUAAAUGUUCAAAGUGUGGGGAAUUGUUUGCUGAUGAGACAGCCCUUCAGAGCCACCAAAUCAUCUGUAAGAAAGAGAGACUGCAUGAAUGUUUAGAGUGUGGCAAAUGUUUUUCCCGGAAAGAUGGCCUUAUUCUGCACCAGAGAAUCCACACAGGAGAGAAACCUUACAAAUGCUUGGAGUGUGGCAAAUCUUUUUCCAGUGUAUCAACACUUCUUAUACACCAGAGAAUCCACACAGGAGAGAAGCCUUACAAAUGCUUGGAGUGUGGCAAAUCAUUUGCUCAAACAUCAGGCCUUGUGACCCAUCGGAGACUCCACACAGGCGAGAAACCCUAUAAAUGCUUGGAGUGUGGCAGAUGUUUUUCCCAAGUAUCAAACCUUCAUUCACAUCAGAGAGGCCACACAGGAGAGAAACCACAUAAAUGCUUGGAGUGUGGCAAAUCUUUUGCUCAGGGUACAACUCUUGUGAGUCAUCAGAGGGUUCACACAGGAGAGAGACCCUAUAAAUGUCUGGAGUGUGGGAACUGUUUUUCCCGGAAGUCGGCGCUUAAUCGACAUCGGAAGAGAAUCCAUAGAACAGAGAAAGUACAGAAACAUGUUAAGCAGUGAGCAAUAUAGUUCUUUUCCUCAUCAUCUGAGACAUACCAGUUAUUUCUUGUCGCGCAGGACAAAAUAACCCUUUAUAAAUGCUUGGGGCCAGGGAAAUGUCACUUUCCCCCUUCUCCCCCUCCCUUUAAACUUUCAUAUUUGGCAAAGACUUCACAGAUUUGGGAGAAGGACAGAAAUGUUUUCCCAGUGCGUAGAAUAGUCUUCCUGGGGGGGAAAAGAUCCAGAUGUGUGAUGCAGAGAGUUAAUAUUGAGAUAGGACAUAACUCAGGUUUACUAUUACGAUACCCCUGAAAGAGCUGCAAAUCCUUUUGGGUGAGACCUAUGACAGACUAGUUGGGAUGAAGGUAUAACCCAAAGUUUUGUUCUUAGACUCAAAUAUGACAGCAGCAGACAUCUGCCUCCUUUACAGAGACCCACGUUCUUGUUUUGUUGAUUAACAACCCAGAAUUCAUGAAUGAUUUUCUGCUUACGAGCAGGAAUCCAUGGUAUUCCAAAGAUAUAAAACAUAUUGGAAGGUAUAACAUAAUUAGCAGUGUAGGUUUUGAUAGUAUGUCUAUGUAAUUUUUAUCCAGACAUGUUUUUAAAAUAGCAAUUCUUUGUAUUAGGUCUGAUUCCAUUAGAUGUUGCUAAAUAAACGCUUUCAUGAUAGAAAGUUAUGCUUAAUCAAAA